AUGGAGGCUCGAAAAAUCAUCGAAGGCGUGCAGGGCAUCUACGGCGGCCAGAUGACCCACGGCACUUUGCGCCUGACCGACUUCCACCUUGUCUUCUGUGCACCUAUCGACCAGUCUGCCGACCCUGCAGCUCCCUCAUCACAAAAGCCUUCUGGGGGACAUCCCAAGGUUCGAGAGCGAUGGAUUACGUAUCCGAUGCUCUGCUACUGCGCCCUCCGGCCCGUUCCUCCUGGGUCUCGGCAAGCCCCAUCAAUCCGCAUUCGAUGCCGCGACUUCACAUUCGUGACCUUCAACUUUACGGACAGCAACGUCGCACGCGAUACGUUUGAGUUCAUCAAAACUCGAACCUGCAAGCUCGGGACGGUAGAGAAGCUUUACGCUUUUAGUCAUAAGCCACUGAGGAAUGAGCGGGACAUUAACGGCUGGUCAUUCUACGAUCCCAAGGCGGAGUUCCGACGGCAGGGGAUCAGCGAGAAGCUGCCCGACAGGGGCUGGAGAAUUACGCAUAUCAACAAGGACUACACUUUUUGCGACACCUAUCCUGCACUCUUGGUUGUUCCAUCCAACAUCUCGGAUAACGUACUCAAAUAUGCUAGGGAAUUCCGCUCCAGGAACCGUAUACCGGCUCUAUCAUAUAUUCACCCCAUCAACAACUGCACCAUUACUCGAAGCUCGCAACCUCUCUCAGGAAUCACCAGGAAAACGAAUGUUCAAGAUGAGAAGUUGGUGGCGGCAUCAUUCUCUGCUUGGAUGCCUGGUGGCUCUGGGGAUUCUACACCUUUGUCGAGCCAGGCCGAUGUAUCCAUCGGAGGCUCCUCACUGAACCCAGAGCUCUCGGAGACAGAGCGUUAUGAGGACGAGCUCAUCUCCAAAUCGGCAGCGGUGUUUGAUUCCAACGGAAAGCGUCAAGUGUAUGGUGCCCAGCAGUACAACUUGAUUGUAGAUGCCCGCCCAACCAUCAACGCCAUGGUCAACCAGGUCCAGGGGAUGGGCUCAGAAAACAUGGACAAGUACAAGUCCGCCCAGAAGAUUUUUCUUAGUAUCGAGAAUAUUCACGUCAUGCGAAAUUCCCUCAACAAGGUCGUCGACGCCCUGAAGGACGCUGACAUCUCACCUCUGCCACCGAACAGAGAGCUACUUCACCAGAGCGGUUGGCUACGGCACAUCCACAAUGUUCUGGACGGCUCAGCCAUCAUCACGAGACAGAUUGGUAUCAACCACUCCAAUGUUCUUAUCCAUUGCUCGGAUGGCUGGGAUCGCACGAGUCAGCUCAGCGCCCUGGCUCAAAUCAUGCUGGACCCUUACUACCGUACCAUCGAGGGCUUUAUUGUCCUUGUAGAGAAAGACUGGCUCUCAUUUGGCCACAUGUUUAGGCUAAGAUCUGGCCACUUGAACCACGAGGACUGGUUCACAGUCCAGAAGGACGCAUUUGCUGGUGCCAAGGUCCAGCCAGGAGAGAAUGAUGGCAGGGCUGAUGCCUUCCAGAAUGUUCUCAGCGGUGCAAAGCGGUUCUUCAACCAGAACAAGGAAGACCCAGACUUGGCUGCCGUUAGUGAGACGGCCUCUGGAAAGAUCGUCGAUGAUGAAGCAACGACUCCAAAGAUGGUCAGCCCCGUCUUCCACCAGUUUCUCGACUGCACCUACCAGCUUAUCCGCCAGAACAAGACACGUUUCGAGUUCAAUGAGCGGUUCUUGCGUCGUCUCUUAUAUCACCUAUAUUCGUGCCAAUACGGCACUUUCCUCUUCAACAGUGAGAAGCAGAGGCAUGAUGCCCGGGCUGCGGAACGGACUUCGUCGGUCUGGGACUACUUCCUUUGUCGCAAACCCGAAUUCACGAAUCCCGAUUAUGACCCCACCGUUGACGAUCACAUCAAGGGCAAGGAGAGGAUUAUCUUGCCACGCCUUAAGGAGAUUAGAUGGUGGCAUCAAGUGUUCGGUAGGACCGAAGACGAGAUGAAUGGCGCGUUGAAUGCCGCUGCUGCUGCCGAAACGGACCGCCAAACCGCCAUAUCAAAUCUCCAGUAUCCCAGCGUCAUCCAGGCCGAGGAGGAUCCCAGGACCUCAACCUCAAGCUCCAAGUCGAUCUCCGGGCCUCCCUCGGUGCUAACUGGGGUUGAGACAGCACACGAGGCCUUGACUCCUCAAGCACGCCGCUCACCAAUACAGCGGAGCGCAUCUGCUGAACCUAGCGCAAACGCCUUUGCUACCAUCCGAGACGGCAUCGCAGGUCUCAACCUAGGGAAAGGAAUGCUGGCUCAGUUAACCCAUGCUUCCGACCCUUCGCCAUCGAGCACAGCCCCCGCGCCCACUCGUAGCGACCAGGAGCUGCGCGAGAUGACAUAG